GGCUGGGGGCUGGCGGGUGUCUGCAGCAUCCGCCGAGGCCUGGCCCCGGCCGCUCCGGGGACUCCGGGCCUGGCAUGGUCCAGGGGCCCAUGGGGAACUGUGCCAAGUGGCCCCGGCGCCGGGGACCUAAGGACCCCUGGCAGUGGCCCGGCUCCCCACCAGGGGGCUCCCACCACAGCCCCAGCCCCAGCCCCAAGGAGCAGAGGGGCCCUGGGCAGGGCGUCCAGGGCUACUCGGUGCUCAGCAGCUUGGUGGGGCCUGCCUGCAUCUUCCUGCGGCCCAGCAUCGCCGCCACCCAACUCGACCGGGAGCUGCGGCCCGAGGAGAUUGAAGAGCUGCAGGUGGCCUUCCAGGAGUUUGACCGGGACCGGGACGGCUACAUCGGCUACCGGGAGCUGGGCGCCUGCAUGCGGACCCUGGGCUACAUGCCCACGGAGAUGGAGCUCAUCGAGAUCUCGCAGCAAAUCAGUGGCGGGAAGGUGGACUUCGAAGACUUUGUGGAGCUGAUGGGCCCCAAGCUGCUGGCGGAGACGGCGGACAUGAUCGGCGUGCGGGAGCUGCGCGACGCCUUCCGGGAGUUCGACGCCAACGGGGACGGCUGCAUCAGCGUGGGCGAGCUCCGGGCGGCGCUCAAGGCCCUGCUGGGGGAGCGCCUGAGCCAGCGGGAGGUGGACGAGAUCCUGCAGGACAUCGACCUCAACGGGGACGGCCUGGUGGACUUCGAAGAGUUUGUGCGAAUGAUGUCUCGCUGAGCCUGUACAGAAACCGGAGGCAGCGGACAGGACUUGAGGACAACUGCAGCCUCUGCCCACCAGCAUGUUCCUUGAAGCUCACCACCUCCAGCUGGGACCCUGCUCCCCUCCUGCCCGUCCUCACCUGUGUGCCUGCCUUCACCCCCACACCGUUGCUCCGGCAAAGCCCCUGCACCUUCGCUGAUUCUCUGGCAAUAAAAUAUCUGCA